CGUUCUUGCAAAUUGGUUACUACACUAUUCCGGCAUGCAUACCUAUAUAUCCAUGGCUAUAUCCAUGGCAAGGGUCGCAUCGUAAGGAAAAUGUCGUAGGGAAAAUGUCGUGCGUAAGGUCAAUUCGAUAUUCUACUCCUUUGGAUUGUUUGUAUCAUCUGUGCCCUGGCCAUGAGAUGGGCGCUGCUCAUUUCCCUUCUUGUAGGGUUAUCUUCAGCGCACCCCGAUACGAAAUAUCCACCGCGGAAGGCCGCCGAGAAGGCAUUCAAAGCGGCGCGCAGUCCUCUUGCUAGGUUUAAUCAUCUCAUAGCUGGAGGACCGAAUGUGGUACCGGCCGCCGCAACGAGCUCUCCCUUGGAAUGCUUUCAGGUUGCUGAGCCGGUAUUAACGCCUCAAGGACCUACAUUUCGUGAUGGGGUUCAUGCGCCGACGGCAGAUCUAGCUUCAAUUGGCGAAGUAGCUGGACACACGGUAGUUUUGUUUGAACACACCUUCGCAAACAGCUAUGGCGCUCCCUACGUUGGCAAUUACACCCCUCCGGAUUUCGAAUUCGAUCACGUAGUCAUCAACUUCACCGUCUUGGUGAGGGGGCGGCAGUAUGAUCGAACGGGAGUCUUCUAUCUUGGAGAUACGGAGGUGUGGAGAACAUCAACUGCGGAACCGACUUCGUAUGGCAUCCGCUGGGUCUGGCUUAAGGACGUAACCCCGUUUACGUCCCUCUGGAAAGCGCCACAGACUGUGAUCUUUGACCUGGAGAACAUCGUGGACAACACUUACACAGGACUACUCAACACAACUCUCUCAGCUACGUUCUUCAAGAGCCCCGUGGCUGCGUCUAGCAGCCGGGGACCUGCCGAUCUAAUUAUCCCCAUUUCCGAACGAACGGGAUCCGCGGGACAGCCGAGUCAAUUCACCUACCCGCAGCAGAAUGCGACCAACACCAUAAGCUUUCCCCAGAACGCGAACCGUGCCGUAUUCACAGUAGACGUCAAAGCCCAAGGCGACGAGGAGUUCUGGUGGAGCAACGUGCCACAGAGUGCUAUUCAUACAUUCGACGCUGACUAUGGCACGUACCCUGGCUACUCUCCUUGGAGGGAAGUCCAAGUCUCAAUCGAUGGCCAGCUUGCUGGGGUUUCCUGGCCGUUCCCGGUGAUUUACACGGGCGGCGUGGUUCCUCAGCUACACCGUCCAAUCGUCGGAAUAGAAGCAUUUGAUAUUCGGGAGCAUGAAAUUGAUAUCACCCCGUGGUUACCGCUACUUUCGGAUGGAAAAGAUCACACUUUCUCGAUACAGAUUAUCGGUCUAGUCGACGACGGAGUGUCAAGCGCUUCCCCUGCCCCAGUCACAGCUAGUGAAUGGUAUGUUACUGGCAAGAUCUUCGUCUGGCUUGACGACGAGGGUUCUGUCACGACCGGGGAAUUGGGAUCUGCGUACGCUAGCAGCCCUAGCAUAUCCUUCUCUCAAAAAGUCACACAAAAUUCGACGGGUUUCAAUGAGACCCUCGAUUAUACUCUAGCGGUGACACGUACGCUAUCCAUCAGUUCCUACAUCAAGACGCAAAAUGGCGAAGGGACCGUGACAUGGACUCAGUCCCUAUCGUACUCGAACAAUGGCGGUGUUUCCGCAUACGGUAACGAUGCGAUUAAUACAUUCGAAAUCGCAGGUGCCGAUGCCGCUACGGGCCCAGGUCUAGACAUCUCGUACUCUACUAGCUACAGCUAUCCGUUGUACUGCGGCAGUUCCACGACGUAUCUACCAGAAGGAAACUUAACGCUUCGGGCAGAUCUCAACCAGAGCUUAAUCCACGAAGUCCGUGGGGACUCCGUCUUCCCCAACGGUCUUGAAGCAUUUGUAGCCGCCAAUGCGGCUGGUGCAUCGCAGUUCCGGGGCUCGGUGCUGAGUACGUCGAAGAACGGGUCAGCGACGUACUACAGACCAGGAGAUAAUAGCUACAGCUCGGGCGUCGGCCAGUCUCACCAGAUAUUUUCGUUUGAGGCGCUAAAUGACGAGGGCGACGAGGGUGUGUCCGAGAGUACAGUGCUCUACUAUCGUGACGUUAGCGCGUAUAAUGAUACAAUCACUAAUAACCAUGUUGAGUUUCUGGGUAGGGCUGCAGGAUAAGUCGUUUGCUGCGAAUUUACCAAACCCAAAGUCUGAAUGGGGUAUUUAUUUAUUGAGUAGAUGCAAAAAUAGUAUACAAAUAUUUACAAAUAUUCAUUUAUCGAAACUAUUCUUUACUCUGA